GCGCGGCGGUUGGCGCCUCCGCUGUCAGUGUCCGAGCGUGCGGCGGCGGCGGCAGCAGCGCUUCAGCCCGCUCCGGAGCUGGGCGGCGAGAGCGGGGACACCCCAGGCCUGCCGCAAGAGAGCUGCCCCAGGAGCAACGAGGACUAAUCCUGGGAGAAGCCAGGCCUACUGGAUGAGCAGACUGUCCCGGGAGAAGCCUGGAGUUGAUAGGCGCUAGGUCUGAUGAGUGAGAGCUAUCCUGACUGCUGCUGGGAUUUGUUAUGUUCUGCUCGGACAUACUCUCUUGGGAAAAUCCGUGAUUGAACGGAUGCUGUUGAUUUAAACUGGGAUAAAAGGAAAAAAAUCCUUCCGUAGCCUAUCGUAUCCAACAGGCCUGGGAUAGAUCAUCACUCAACUCUAGAAAGAGAGCUGUGGUGGAAAUAAAUUGGGCCAAACGAAGAGAGAUUCUGGCAAUUUUUUGAGUCAGAGAAGAGUUGCUGAUAAAAUAAAGUGAUCUGGAAAUCCCAACAAUAAACUGAGAUUUGCUGAAGUGCAUAAAAAGAAAUCUUGAUCAAAACUGAGUGAAAACCAAAAUUUGGAUUAAAUGGUUCAGAGACUUUUUGGAUUAAACUGAGCAAACUGCCUUGGGUAAAGAUACUAACCCUGGGAGAGAGCAGACAAGAAAAACCUAUUUCAGGUGGUAAAACUACUGCAGUUUUGUGCUGAUGAGGUGGGAAUAGAGGAACGGAUAAUCGGUGUUCUACCACAUUUUUUUUUAAGGGAGUGCUAGCAAGAAGCAAAGAAAGGGCUAGGUUACCUGAUACCUGGCAGAGUCCAGGUCUGUUAGUCUCCAGCUGAAUAAGGUGUCCCUGUUUGGCAUGUUUUUUAUAUUUUGUACUGUAAUAGAGGAUUGUGGCCUGUGGGGCUUUUAAACACUUUAUUUAAUUCUGGGUUUUUAAAAAUUAUUCUCUGCAUCUCUAAAAGAAUGUGCCAUAGUGUCUUUGCAAAUAUCUUGCUCUUUAAAGGUAUCUGAUUAAAAUGCAUGUUGUUUGAAAUUUAAAUUAAAGCGUUAAGUUGUCACAUGCAUAGACAUUUAGUUGACCAAAACCAAAUCAUUUUAAACAAGUUUGGUUUAUUCUAGUCUUGCUAAAUGGUUUGGAAUCUGCAAGUGGGUUGAAGCUGGGCUUGACUGCCAAUAGUUAAAACUUGGAUGCUGCAGCAUUUUGAGCCCUAGAGACUCUGUUGGUAAAUCAUACAUGAAAUUUUUUUUUUUUUUUACUUUUUAAUACCAAAAAUGUUAGAUAUUUUUAUCUUAACUAGUCUUUAAAAAUACAAAACUUGAGAGAACUUUCUUCAGGGCUAGGGAGGCUAAUUAAAAAUUGUUUUAUUUGGAGAUAAAUUUAAUUGUGAGGCUGGUUUUUGGGAGAAACCAUAGACUUAGGGCAAAAUUUCAGCUUAUGCUGGAGGGGGGGGAAAGAACCUCAAAGUAUCUCCAUCCUUUACUUCUGUAGCCUUUGGAAUUAAUCGGGCACCGCUCCUGGGAUAUCAGACACUUUACUUCCUACACCAUUUUGGGAUAUAAAGGUGCAGAGUGAACUAAGAAACUUGAACAUAUCCAUUGGGGACUGAUGCUGAGGAGGAGCUGACAUACAAAGGGAUAAAGGCCGUAAUAUUACACAGAAAUGGAUGUGUGGUCAAGAGUAGCAGUGUGGAUCCUGUGUGGUUUUCUUCUGCACCAAGGACAGGGGGAGAGGCCCCCAGGUACCCAUUUGGAUGAAACUGCAAUUGCAGAGUUCUGUCGAAUUGAUGAGCCCUUGUGCCACCUCGAAGAUGAGCAGCUCAGCUUUGAAGCUGUCUGCAAUAUCCACAAGCAGAUGGACGAUGACGCCAAUGGCAACGUGGAUGUAGAGGAGAGCGAUGAGUUCCUGAGGGAAGACUUAAAUUAUCAUGACCCAACAGUCAAACACAGCACCUUCCAUGGGGAGGAUAAACUCAUCAGCGUGGAAGAUCUCUGGAAGUCAUGGAAAACAUCCGAAGUGUAUAACUGGACAGUUGAUGAGGUGGUGCAGUGGCUAAUCACCUAUGUGGAACUGCCACAGUAUGAAGAAACCUUCAGGAAACUGCAGCUAAGUGGACAUGCCAUGCCCAGGUUAGCGAUAAACAACGCCACCAUGAUGGGAACUGUACUGAAAAUGACUGAUCGGAGCCACAGGCAGAAGCUGCAGCUGAAAGCCCUGGACACAGUGCUGUUUGGACCUCCUCUCUUAACUCGUCAUAACCACCUAAAGGAUUUCAUGUUGGUGGUGUCCAUUGUCAUUGGAGUGGGUGGCUGCUGGUUUGCCUACAUCCAGAACCGCUACUCAAAGGAGCACGUGAAGAGGAUGAUGAAAGACCUAGAAGGGCUUCAUAGAGCUGAGCAGAGUCUACACGACCUUCAAGAAAGGCUGCAGAAGGCCCAGGAGGAGCACCGCACGGUGGAAGUGGAGAAGGUGCAUCUGGAGAAGAAGCUCCAAGACGAGAUCAGCAUCGCCAAGCAAGAGGCACACCGGCUGCGGGAGCUGCGCGAGGGGACGGAGAACGAGCUGAGCAGACAGAAGUACGCUGAGCAGGAGCUGGAGCAGGUCCGAAUGGCGCUGAAGAACGCAGAGAAGGAGCUUGAAUCCCACUGUAGCUGGGCCGCACCAGAGGCCUUGCAGAAAUGGCUCCAGCUAACCCACGAAGUGGAGGUCCAGUACUACAACAUCAAGAAACAGAAUGCGGAGAAGCAGCUGCUGGUGGCCAAAGAGGGGGCUGAAAAAAUUAAAAAGAAGCGAAACACCCUCUUUGGAACAUUUCAUGUUGCUCACAGCUCAUCCCUAGACGACGUUGAUCAUAAAAUCUUAACUGCAAAGCAAGCCCUGAGCGAAGUGACGGCCGCACUGCGGGAGCGCCUACACCGCUGGCACCAAAUAGAGCUGCUGUGCGGCUUCCAGAUUGUCAACAACCCUGGCAUCCACACGCUAGUGACAGCCCUGAACAUCGAUCCCAGCUGGGUGGGCACCUCCCGGCCCAACCCAGCACACUUCAUCAUGACUGAUGAUCUGGACGAUCUGGACGAAGAGAUUGUCUCUCCCAUGUCCAUGCAGUACGCGGCCUGGCUUUUGGGGCGCAGGUUCAGUGACCGCUCGUCUAUCUCCACGGAGGAUCUGUCCCUCUGGAAACACCCCGCUGCCCCCUUGCCGAGCGGUGUCCGCCAGCGCGUCGUGGACCCGCAGCACUCCCUCGGAUCUCAGAGGUUGGUAGAGAGUUACGUGCAUGGCCAGAAUGAGCCGGGCCAGCCUGCCCAUUACCUGACAGGCAGAGUUGCUCUUCGUCGAAUGCACAGCCUCACUUCUGGACAGUCUUUUAGUUCCGACGCUCAUGGAACCAGCCCAGCAUCUGCCACCACCGCCUCUUGCUCCUCCACCGCCACCACCACUGCAUCUUCUCCUGCUUGCCAUGCCCACCCUAUCUAUUACCAUCACACCUCCUCCUCUUAUAUCCUCCAGAUGGACUCCGCCCCCGACCUGCCCCCUCCUGACGUCACCUCGGGGAUUCGCUGUCACACUGAGAGCUUUGGGUAUACCGCUCCUUCUUUUCUAGCUCCCUCUAGCCUGCCGUGCCUCGGGACUGAUGCUUGCUGUGGCGUUCUUCCUCUUGGAGUCCUUGUACCCUUUCCCUGCGGGCUAUAAUCGUUCCUUGGUUUCUACAGCUUUUGCUUCCUUAGCCUCUCUCCCAUGUAAGCGGAGCGGUUUUAGGCACUUGGUCCAGUGCCUCAUCUGUCCUCUCAGUGGUGAUUAACCAAUGAAGCGCUGUGGUUUUGGCUGAGAAUUGCCUGUGUCUCCGACUAAAUCGGUCUUUUAUUUGGGUGAUGUGCCUGCGGGAACAAAGGUAACACAACUAAUCAAGCACACACUGACCUUAUUUGAAACCUUGUCUCAUCUUUGGCUCUUCCCAAGCAAAUUGCAAAUGAGUGUAAGUGGUUAGCUCCUGGUGAGUGCUGCUGGGAGCACACGGCAGGAGCUGAAGUGCCCCAUUGUGUUCAGGGGGUGACGUGGGCCAGCAGUAUCCGGGGAAGUCGAGCUCAGACUGACACUCUUCUUUGUGCCUCAGCCCCAGUCGUAUGGCAAUGGAUGGCCGAGUGAUGAGCGUCUCAGCUCUAGGCUACCAGCUGUAGUCUGGUCCAUGUCCGUAAUGACUAGAAGGCAGUGAUGGCUGUUUGGUGGCCUAUGGGAAAUCAGUUAGUGGACUUGGUCCAGUUCAGACCAUCUCACUGCUGAUCAGCAGCCCUGUGAGCAGUGUCAGCAGAGAGGCCUUGGGAACUGAAUGUCCUCUUCUUCCCUAGACAGGGUCCUUCUAGGAGAUGGCUGAAGCCCACUGUGACGAGAGCUUGUGCUGACACUGCUCAUGUGCCUAGCUGUUCUGUGGCUGAAGUAGAGGAUUCCACUUCUGGUGCUGCCCAGGGCGCCUUCUGCCACACUUCAGUUCACGCACAAUGAGUGAAAACAAACAGGAAAAGCUUCUCCGCUUAGCACAUGGACGUGUCUUGAGCGCACCUUUUGGGUCAUGGGAUUGAAGAGAGCAGGCAGAGAAUCUACCCCUGUUAGAUUAACUUCCAGCAGGCCCUAGUUCAGGACAGAAGCUGCUGUUAAACACACAGUUAUGGAAGGAGUAUGGUCGAGCGCUUAGGGCCUGGGAUUAGGGUUCUGGGUUCAGGCGUCCUGGGUUCUCUUCCAACUUCUCACUUCUCUGGACUCAGUUUCCUCAUCUGUAAAGCUGGGAAUUCUCUCCUAGCUCAGUGGCAGUGUUAAAUAAUGAGUGGGUGGCAAAUGGUUGGAGAUCGGAGGAAAGGCUAGAAAAGUGCAAAGCACAGCAGACUGCAUUUUAGUAGUGGUCGCCCUAGUUCUACAUACUCCCCAGGAUAUAAUCAACUUGUCCAGAACUUUCCACAGCCCGGGCUUCAGCUGCCCGACUCUCACGCUCCACUAUUGAUUCAGUAUGUUCCUGAUGGCCCAGAGCAACCUGUGAGCCACAGGCCACAAAUCACAGCACUUGUAAAGCACGAACUAAUUGUGCAUUUUAGAGGUGUGCAUUCUGGAGCAACAAGCCUUGUGAAAAUUCAUGUGGGAAAGUGGCCCUGCCCAUGCUCCGUAGUGGGUUAUUAACCAGCACCGUCUUGGCUCAUUUAUCGUUUGUGGAAGAAGAGCAAAGAACCAUUUGAAUAUAAUUUAGGUGAAUGGCUUGCCAAAUUUCAGUCCAGUCGGGCCCGUCCCGUUUGACAGGUAAAGGUCUGGAAACACCUUCCAUGGCAAGGUACAGCCCUGAGUAAGUUCUUACAGCCGAGUGCCCAGUCCUUGGAAAACAGGGUUAUGCUAGGAGUCUUGACGUCAGCUUGAAGGGCAGUUUGUCGCGAGAAGCGGCAUCUUAUUCCCCAGAGCUGUUUGCUUUUCUGGGCAGAUGUGCGUUUGCUGGCCCUACAAAAAGCCCAGGCCUGCAGACCUGCAAGUCAGAGGCAGCAGGGGGCUUGGCUUGCUCCUCAGCUCCCAGGCGGAGAUCACAGUGGUCGCUUGUGACCCUGACUCUGUCAUUUUCACUGAAAGAGCGAGAUUUCGGAUUUGUUUCUGCUCUGUGCCCCUGGAGGAGACCUGCUGCCAAAAGGGCACUUCCUUAGCAACGGACACCUCUGCCCCAUUGAGAAUGUCUCCUGGAAGGGUGGCCACCAUUACACUGUCCAAAGCAAGGGCCCGAGGCGAGAGGAGAGCCGGGCAGUUAGGCCCCCAGGCUUCAUUCGCCUCUUGUUUCAUUGUGUGUCAAACUGCAGCUUUUUAUUGCAUGUCUCUAGUCCUUUUGUCUGAGGAGCUCGGAGCCCCUUCUAGACAUCAGUCGAGCCAUGCAACAUCCCCAAGAGAGAUGAGCAUGACAUGGGGAAACUGAGGCACAGAGACCCCCCCCCCCCGAGAGUGCUGGAGUCAGGAACAGAACCCAGGAGUCCCCUUGACAGAGGCGGGUACUGCCCCAAACUCAGUGAUACAAUGUCUGGCUCCUUUUAGCUCCAGCAACGCCCAGGAGACGGCUGUUGAAGAGUUUUUGCCAGGGAAGUGUCUCUGCCAGCCUUUUUCUUUCCCCUAAGGAAAGAGAGUGAGUAGCUCUGGGCACUGCAUCGUGCUUAGCCAUCUGCUUCCGCCAUGUCCCGUGAAUACUGACAGACCCUUCUCUAAAGGCCAGGCCGCUGGAUUGACUGUCACAAACUCCUCACUCUUCGCUUCUCUUUUGCAAUUGGCUUCAGAGGACCUGGUGCAAACAAGGUCAGCGCUGUUCUGAUUCUGGAGCCUGGUGUGUGGCUUUGAAUGCUAACAUUCAGGGUUGGGGGUGGCGGAUGCUCUGUGCACAGGGGUUUCUGCUCUCCAGCGCCUGCUCCUAUGCUGUGCCAGUGGUUCUCGUGUGGUGGGGAGGGGGCGGGAGACGGAGUCUUCCACCUGGGUGCCCUUCGUCUCUAAGGUGGGAGCAGGGGCUGUCCGAGACCUGGUGCCAGAGCCAUUAGAUGGGGUGGGGGAGUGGGAAUCAAUGAUGGGGCUCCCCAGUGAGUCGGGGCCUCUUCCCAGUCCCAGACUGCUUGAUGCUGGGGGCAGCAGCGUAACCAAACAGGAGGUCAGGCCCAGCUCUGCUGUAAGCAAAGCUGUGUGACGCUGCCUGGGUAGAGCUGGGCCCCAGCUGGAAAAGGCAGGAGGGCCGUAUGUAUUGGGUGGGGAGCCAGGCCCCGCUAUGGCACACUCAGGCUGAACGGCCUUGAAUCCAUCCGUAGAAAGCUCAAGAGUACCUCAUCCCAGGUCCUGUGUGAUACGGGCAGUGGAAGCCCGUUGAGAGAAAAGCAAUCAAUGGGCAGCAGAGACCUGGGCAGGCGAGGAGCCCACACGUGUUCUGCCUUUCCCCUUCCAUUCUUCCACAUUCUG